CCAGAGGAAGUACAGAAAUACUUGUUGGAUGUUGAGGAAGCUGACUUUUCUGCUAUUCAAAACUAUGUAGGCAAGUUCGGUGGCGAUAAUAAAGGGCAAGAUCAUGCUGGAGAAAAUGCUCAAAGUGCGGACUUUACUAGUUUGACAAUGGCAUUUGGCGUCCUUGACAAAAUGAUGUUUACUAGAGAUGAUUUUAAUGUUGUGAACAAGUACAACAACAAGAUAAAACAUUUUUUUGAAUACCGAGAGAGAAUAAACGUGAUUUCUGAUAAUAUUCAAAUACAGUUUUUGAUUGGCCAACCAGCUCAAAUAUUCAAAAAAGUUGGAAAAGAUAUUGGUGGAAUUAUAAGCUCAUCUAAUACAAUGCAAAAUUAUUGCAAAAAGUUGUUUGAAAGAAGUGAACUUUGGAAGAUUAUGAAUAAUGAAAAACAAAAAUUUAUAGAGCAAGAAACUACUAAUAUUAAGAAAUACUGCAAAUUAUUAAAUAAACUUGAUCACUUGACAGAAGAACAACAAAAUUUGUUGUAUCCGCAAAGCGUAAAGUUAAUGCGAGUUGAUUUAGCAAAAACGACUAAAGAAAUUGAGACAUUAAAUGAUGUUUUAGAUGAUAAACGUAAAAAAAUUGAAGCUAAAGAAAAGGCUAAAAAUUCGUGGCUCAUUCGUAGCAAUAAGAAAAAUACACUAACGGAGGAGUUGGCAGAAUUUAACAAAUUUAAGACAAUGACAGUUAACGACUUAGAAGCUUGGAAAUUAUAUUAUGGCAUUUAUGAGAGGAUGAAUGCUAAAGUUGAUAAUAUUUUGAACAAUAUUAAAAACGUUGGGCCAAAGGAUUUUUAUAAAAAAUUGGUCGUUUUGUACACCAAAAUCGACUUAUACAAAGGCUUCAAUGAAAAAAUAAAGGAGCUUUAUGAAAAUGUUAAUUUUAUUGCAAAUCAAAAAGAGCCAAAUCCAGCAGCUUUAUUCAAGAAUGGAGCAAAUAUGAAAAAAUUCAAAGAAAUUAUAUUUUUGCGCAAAGUAAUUAUUUCUAAAUAUUUGGCAAUUUUAGAGAUAAAUGAGUGUGAGUUAAAGGCAAAUCUAACGGAGGAGAAUAUGGAAGAGGAAAGUAAUUCAUGGUCGACUACUAUAUUUUCAACAUCCACGGAUGCUCAAUCAUCGGAUUCUGGGAGUUCCUCAGACUUUGGAGAAUCUUCACUAACUUUGACUUCAAGUCAUCCUCAUACCUCCGGAUCGACAUCGACUUCUUAUCCAACCAAGGUUUUUUAA